GUAAAAGAGUUCAAACAUGUUCUAACAACACAUGUCACUGCAAACUGUAAAUAACGCCGUCAAUCAAGUUUUCGGAAGAAUCCUCUGAGCCUGAGUCCUAGUCAGGAACUGAAAACAUGGCCGAAGUUUCCUUUCUCUCGGCGGGGGUACUGCUAUCAAAGCGCGUCCAGGAUAUGGUCCUCAAUGGUGAAGAACCCCCACCGCUAUAUAUUUGUAGAGAUGGUGAUGCAAACGAAGAUGUUUCUUCUGCAUCAUCUUCGAUUCCCAUCAUCGACCUCAGUCUCCUCUCAUCUUCCGCACCAAGCAAUAAACAAGAAGAGGAACUAGAGAAUCUUCGGUCAGCACUCUGUUCAUGGGGCUGCUUUCAGGCAGUAGGUCAUAACAUUUCAAGUUCAUUUCUGGAGGAGUUGCGUCAAGUGGGAAGGGAAUUCUUUCAGCAGCCGAUGAAAGAGAAGAAGAAGCAAGCUAAAGGGGUUGAAGAGUUUGAAGGGUACGGAGGGGAUCCGGUCCCUGAAGAAGGUCAGCCCCUUGACUGGUCCGAUCGCUUGUUUCUUGACGUGUACCCAGAAGAUCGAAGGAAGACCAAAUUCUGGCCAGAAAACCUGGCAUCCUUCAGAGUUGUUCUAGAAGAAUACACUGUAAAGAUGAAGAUGUUUACAGAGAUCGUUUCCAAAGCCAUGGCAAAGUCAUUGAGUUUAGAAGAAAAUUGCUUCUUGAAUCAGUUUGGUGAACGAGGACCACUUCAAGUGCGUUUUAACUACUACUCAUGUUGUCAAAGGCCAGAUCUUGUUCUCGGACUCAAGCCUCAUGCAGAUGGAUCAGGAUACACAGUUAUCUUGCAAGAUGAUGUAGAAGGUCUUCAAAUCCUCAAAGAUGGACAAUGGAUUACAGUUCCUACAAUUUCUCAUGCUCUCCUAGUCCUCAUGGGCGAUCAAAUGGAGAUAAUGACCAAUGGGAUGUUCAAGAGCCCAGUGCAUAGGGUAGUGACCAACUCGGAGAGGGAGAGGAUUUCUGUGGCUGUGUUCUAUUCGCCUGAACCAAACAAAGAGAUUGGACCAGAAGAAGGGUUGGUCUGCGAGGAAAGACCAAAGUUAUUUAAGAAGGUGAAAGACUAUGCUGAUACACACUGGGAAUUCUACCAGAGAGGAAUGAGAGCACUUCAUGUUGCAAAAGUCUAGGAUUUUGCCCUCUUAAUAAUAAACUGAUAAGGCAGUUUGCUUACAUGUUACUUCUCCUAUAACCUCUGCCCCUUUGUAGAAAAUAAAAAGAAAAACCGAGGUGGUCUUGCUGCACGUUUGAAGAUGCUUUAUGUAAAUAUACUCAAGAACGUCUGAUCUGAAUAAGUUUCAACUAGUAUGGAGCCGCCUGCUGUUGGUUCUUUGUACAAUGAUGGUACAGAAAAUAUAAUAUAGAUAACUUAUUUCCAUGAAUCAAAUUAUUGUUUUGUUUUGACCAAAACUCUUUCGCUGCUUCGCAUCCUUCCAAGUGAGUGUAGCUCCAAGAGCAGAAACCAAGAGACCACUGCGCCAUCUCGAGUUGUCCAACAAGUUACCAUGCAUAAUAGGCUCCUCCUCCAACCUCUAAAACUGCGAUUUUAGUUUGAAGAGCAACGUUGAAAGCCUUUUCCCAAAAAGCUUCUUGAACCAGUUGUGUUUUCAGAAGAUAACUUGAUGGGCAGAGGUAAGACAUCAUGGUUUAUCAAGUGCACAUACUAUGAUAUUUAUCAGUUCAUGUGAACCUUUCGCAUGAUGUGAACAGCCAAGAAAUAAAUUCUUUUUUAAUGAUACUGUUUUAGUCUAACUUACCAAAAACUGAAUUUUGCAUAUCAAGCUCGAUUUUCAGAACGAAACUACCAUAUAUCCGGAAGAAUCAUUUCCCAAAAUUAAUUCUCAAGAGUUCAUAAUUGAAUCCAAACACUGCAAGUUAAUAAGCCUCUUCAGUCAGACC